AUGGCGUCCAGCUGGGAACACAAAUUGAGAUUCAGCCUUAGUGUCAUACGUCAUGAAUCUUCAACUUUAGUAUGUUCACAUAGACUUGUUUUUCAGGAGGAGUACUGGAGAAGAGGCUUUCAAGAAGUGGCCUCCCCCAACAUCUACAACAGCAAACUGUGGGAGACCUCUGGUCACUGGCAACACUACAGUGAGCACAUGUUCUCCUUUCCUGUGGAAGAUGGCAUCUUUGCACUCAAGCCAAUGAACUGCCCAGGACAUUGUCUGAUGUUUAGCCAUAGGCCUCGCUCUUGGAGGGAGCUUCCACUGAGGCUGGCAGAUUUUGGGGUCCUCCAUAGGAACGAACUGUCAGGAACACUGACUGGAUUGACCAGAGUGCGCCGUUUCCAGCAGGAUGAUGCCCAUAUUUUCUGCACAAUGGAUCAGAUCGAGGCAGAGAUGAAGGGCUGUCUUGACUUCCUCCGCUGUGUUUACGAUGUCUUCAGCUUCUCAUUUCAGCUUCACCUCUCCACCCGUCCUGAGAAGUAUCUGGGCGACAUUGGAUUGUGGAACCAGGCUGAGAAGCAACUGGAAAACAGCCUGAAUGAGUUUGGGGAGCCGUGGAAACUCAACUCUGGUGAUGGGGCUUUUUAUGGACCCAAGAUUGAUAUUAAGAUCAAGGAUGCAAUUGGACGUUACCACCAGUGUGCAACCAUUCAGCUGGACUUCCAGCUGCCGCUCCGCUUCAAUAUGACCUUUGUGUCGAAGGAUGGUGAUGACAAAGCAAGACCGGUAAUCAUUCAUCGUGCCAUCUUGGGCUCAGUGGAGAGGAUGAUCGCCAUUCUUACUGAGAACUAUGCAGGGAAUGUUGUUGGAGAGAAGGAGAAGAUGACUGACUGUGUCAAUGUGCGUACAAGGGACAACAAAGUCCACGGAGAACUGUCAGUGGCCGAGGUGCUGGCUCGCCUGACCCUGCUGAAACAGUCCCGCUGUCGAAACGCAGAGGAAGAAUUUUAA